AUGAGGAGUUUUGAUGAUGAAGAUGACAAUGAUGAGGAUGAUGUACCUUCCUCAUGGUUCAAAUUCAAAUGGAAAAGCAACAAAUCACAUCUCUGCUCCAAUGUUACUCCCACUCGAGACUUUCUCGAAGUAUUUCCAGACGAAUCCAAGAGUUGGGACGGGCCAAUGAGGGAACUCGCAAAUGCAGCAGAAGAUAUUCUAGAAUAUCUAGUGCUGGAAAAAGUUUUUUUGCCUCGCGAUGAUGAGUUUGUAUUCCAUCCAAAUCGAAAACACAAACUCAGCCUGAAAAAAGUGGUCCAAGAGACUUAUUUGAAGCUAGAAAAUGUGAUUGAGUUAAUGGAAGAAUUCCCAGACGAAAACAGUAUGAAAGGUCGAAUCACAAAGAUAACAAACGAAGUGAGAGAUAUCUAUCAGUUUUACGAGUGGGAGCAAAUUCACUGCCAUUUUAGAGAAAAGUGGAGAUUUUUACCAGCAGAGUGUUCCAUGUUCAAACCUAAACUCCAGUUUAUACACCACUUGAACAAGACAAGAAAUGAAAUUGAUUCAAUCAUGGAGGAGGUGAUGGCCAUGAUGAAUGAUAGCAAUGCAUCCAACUCAUCAUCUACACUUGCACCAGUUGAUGAUAUAGUUGGCUUCCCUCAAGAUGAUGCUGAUGCGUCUGAAUGCCAUCGAAGCGCAAAACAUGAGCUCCAGCUGGAAAAAGUUAUGGAGGAGAUUGCUUUGAUUUCUGCAAAAGUAAAGAACAUAAAGGUUAGUUCCAGCAGCAUAGAAGUUCAACAUGGUGCUGAUUCUUCUUCUCAAAGUUCUUCAGAUUCUUCUACUCUCAGUUAUUCAUCAACUGCUCCACCCAUCCAAAACAAUUUCAUAAUUGGUUUGGAAGAUCACGCGAGGAACAUAAAGGACCGGCUCUGUGGAAAUCCAUCCAAGCUCCAGGUCAUACCAGUAUGUGGCAUGGGGGGCAUCGGCAAAACUACUCUUGCCAGAAAUGUUUAUGACGAUAAAUUAAUUGCGGAGAAUUUCCCCAUUCGUGUUUGGGUUACUAUAUCACAGGAUUAUAGUGCAGAGAGAAUUCUUUCAGACCUUCUGGAGUCCUUGGAAAGGAACACAACAACAAAGGUAUUUAGUCCUUCUGAAGAACACAACAACAAAGGUGGAAAGGAAGAAGACGCUGAUAAAAAAGUGUACCAACUUUUAAUGGGCAGAAAGUAUUUAGUCGUGAUGGAUGAUAUCUGGAGGAGUGAGGCAUGGGAUAUCGUUAGGAAUGUGUUUCCUGAUAAUGUAAACGGAAGCCGUAUCAUGCUAACUACAAGAUUGUAUGAUGUGGCUUCUUAUCCUGGUCCUUCAAUCAAGCCUUAUGAGUUGGGAUUCCUGACUGAAGAUCAGAGUUGGAAUCUACUUAAGGAGAAGGUGUUUGCAAAUCAAGAUUGCCCAUCCAAUUUGGAAUAUAUUGGGAAGAAUAUCGCAAGAAGCUGCAAAGGGUUGCCCCUCGCUAUUGUGGUAAUUGCAGGACUCUUAGCUACAGUCACUAAGAAUCCAGCUUCGUGGAUGGAGAUUGCGGAAAUGGUGAAGUCUGCAAAAACAGCAGAGCAAGAGCAUAUUGAAGAGAUACUAUCUUUGAGCUAUGUGGAUAUACCUCAGUUAUUGAGGCCAUGUUUCUUGUACAUGGGUUCAUUUCCUGAAGAUCAUGAGAUACAUACCACGAAACUCAUAAGAUUAUGGAUAGCUGAGGGCUUUCUCAAAUUUCCGAUCAACACCAAGAGCUUUGAAGAGGUGGCUGAAGAGUGUUUAGAGGAACUUGUGAAGAGAAACCUUGUUUUUGUAACAAAGAGGAAAUCUGAUGGGAGAGUUAAAAGUUGCAGCCUCCAUGAUCUGAUAAGGGAGCUGUGCAUAAGAAAAGCUCAAGAAAGUAAGUUUUUUCUGAAUUUGAUGGAUGAGGAUAUUGAAAAGGAGAAAUUUAUGGAAAGCAUAAAAAAUGAGCGUCGGAUGAGGGUGUUGGAUGCUGAAGCUGCUGAUGUGGAGUCAUUGCCAUCUCCAUUGUUUGAGCUAUUUCAUUUGAGAUACCUUGCUAUAGAUAUAGGGGAGAUUUACUUUGAUUAUCCCGAAGAAACAACUUGUCCACUAGAAAAUUUGCACACGGUUUCGUAUGUUGAGAGUGCUUGUUGUAGUGAGGAGAUCUUGAAAAGGAUCCCAAACCUAAAAAAACUGAAGGUUGAUUGUUCUCAUGGUCGAGAUGCAGGUUGCCUGAAUGAUCUGAGCUACAGUUUUGCUUUUCCGGAGAUGCUCAAAAAGUUGACUUUGAGGGAUUUGAAACUUCCUUGGAACGACAUGAUUGUUGUUGGUUCAUUGCCAAAUCUUCAAGUGCUUAAACUGAAAGGUUGCACUUGCAGUGGUGGCACAUGGGAAACAACUGAAGGAACAUUUCCAGUGUUGGAAGUUCUUCUGGUUCAAGGUUCAGGGUUUAAGAACUGGAUAACUGAAAGUGGCCAUUUCCCCAUGCUCAAACGCCUGCUACUUCAUUCUUGUUGGAUCUCAACGCGAUUCCAACUGAUAUUGGAGAUAUUCCAACUCUUCAACUGA